AUGAAGAACGGGGACGAAACAGAUGUGCAGAUUCCUUGUCUGUCCGGAAUAUUGGAUCUUCAGCAAGUUUGUCAACGGGAGAAUGUCAAAUUCUCGUCAGAAACCAACCGAUAUUUGGUUUAUUUAAUGCUGAAGAAGGUCGGCCCUUUGAUGGCAUCGAAGCUUUUGGAUAGACUAAUGUACAGUGGAGAGGUCCUUUGGGACAAGAAUGAAAACUAUGAGGUGGAUGCGAUUUUAGACCAUACAAUAGAUGCUAAUGUUACUUAUUACUACAUAAAGUGGAAAGGUUGGAGCAAUGAAUUUAACACUUGGGAACCGGAAGACAAUCUUGAGUGUCAUGAAUUGAUCACAGCGUAUCACAGAAAGCGAAGUCAGAAGUCGUCCAAGCGAUUGACCAUGGACAGUGAGGAAGAGGUGACGAGCAAACGCAAGAGGGUAGAGGAGCUUUUUGACAAGCUGUUCAAAUCGCCUGUCCAUGAAAAGAUCACGCCAAUGCAGAUCAUGUCCCUGUCAACAGUCAAGCAUGGCGGCACAAACAAGAUCAUCAAGGGUCUAAUGACAUGCAAAGACCGUAAACCACGACGCAUCCGUCCCAACAAUUACAACAACACAAAGAGUAAAUGUUACAAACAGACAAAGCACCUUGUGCAGGUAGCUCUCAAAGAGUGGCAGGAUAAGCUGAAUGCUGUCUGUGCUGAUCCUGCUCCCAUAUGUGUGGAGAACACUGUUGACCUGGAAGGUCCUCCUGAAAACUUUGUAUAUAUCAAUGACUAUAAAGCUAUGGAUGGGAUUGAGAUUCCUCAGGACCCCCUUGUGGGUUGUGAAUGCACUGACUGUUAUAGUGAGCGCAAAUCAUGUUGUCCUGCAAACUGUGGCACAGAAUUUGCUUUUUACCGUGGCAAGCGCUUGAGAGUAUCUCGUGGGGUCCCCAUUUAUGAAUGUAACAAACGAUGCAAAUGUGGGCCAGAAUGCCCAAACCGUGUUGUACAACAAGGGCGCAAGUUUAAGGUUUCUGUCUUUCGAACAUCUAAUGGCCGUGGAUGGGGAGUAAAGACUCUUCAAAAUAUUAAACGAGGAUCUUUUGUCAUGGAGUAUGUGGGAGAGGUGAUCACAAAUGAAGAAGCUGAGAGAAGGGGUAAACGCUAUGAUGCUGAAGGUAGAACUUACCUGUUUGAUUUAGAUUACAAUGAUGGUGACUGUCCAUUUACUGUUGAUGCUGGUUAUUAUGGAAAUGUCUCGCAUUUUGUUAACCAUUCUUGUGAUCCAAAUUUGGAAGUAUUUGGUGUGUGGAUCAACACCUUGGAUCCUCGUCUACCCAGGAUAGCUUUAUUUGCCAAAAGAGACAUUGCCCGAGGAGAAGAGCUCACUUUUGAUUACAUGAUGACUGUUGAUGCUCACCAAUCAGCUUUCAACAAUGCUUCCUCAUCAUCUUCUUCAUCAUCAUCAUCAUCAUCAUCAUCAGCUGCUGAGGCACCAUCACCCCGAGCAGCCACAAAGGAUGCAGAAGAUGAAGAGACAGAAUUGAGUGCACCAAGUCAAGAUCUGUCUCUUUCUUUCUUUUCUGCUCUAACACUGCCAAAAUUUUCUAUCCAUGCAGCUGAUCACCUCCCCCAUCUCUCAACAAUGUUUUGCCAAUUUUUAUUUCUCUCUCUCCCACUCUUUUUGACCCAACUCACCCCCAACUUCCGAAAAAUCCUUUCAUCACUUCAACCUUUUAAGGAUCUUUGA